CGUUGAAUAGCUAUAGUGGUCGCCGAAUGAAAGGGAAGAAAGUCUCCACGAGAAUGUGUGUUUCUCGCCCAGCGGUGAAGACCCCAGGUAGAGGCUCAACCCACAGUCAGCUCAUUACAACUGGAGAAGUCGCGAGGGGGAGGUGGGGCAAGCGCGGCACUGUCUGCAACUGGGGGUCCUAGACUGGGUUCCUGUGGGAUUUGCGCAACCCUGUCUAUCCCGCCGACAAGUCAGGGACAGACGAACCGGACCACUGGACGGGGGCAAUAAUAGCGGGUCUCAACUUCUCCUUCACCACUUGCAUCGAAGGUGCAAGCUGCGGUAGAAAGAAGCGGCGCGGCGAUGGGAGUGCCUUCCUCUUAAGUAUCUCUCUGUCGUCUGCCCAGAUAUGCUGUCCGUGUCAGGUGAUUGAUGAUCGGAAGCCUGCAACAGCACUGUGUCGUCUCCUUUCAUGUGCUCCGCUGAAAUUCACUUGUGUGUGGAUUCUGGUCUUCGUUUUGUCCUGCUAGAUCAGGACUGGAUAGUGGCCAAAUUUGAGUUUGCUGUUGGAGUCAUACCCCGAGUUUUGGCAGAGAAAUAGAGAGAGAGAUCAGCCGAGGCUUCAGUUGGUGUGAGGUUUAGAGAGAGCCCACAUUUGGAGAUCUUGGGGUAUUGGGUUGUAUUAUAGAGUCGGUGGUUCGCCAUGGUGGCUGUGGUUAUGGCGAACGAGGAUGUGGAGGUGAUGGAGCGGGGAGGAGUGAGAUGUGAGGAGGCUGAGGAUCUAGUCCUAUUGCAGCCAUUGGUUGAUGGAGAGGCUCCAGUUGCACUAGCAGUGCAGAAGCCGAGAUUGGCGUCGCUGGAUGUGUUUCGAGGGCUUUCCAUUGCGGUAAUGAUUCUGGUGGAUUAUGCCGGUGGCAUUUGGCCCGCCAUCAAUCAUUCUCCUUGGGACGGCGUUACUCUGGCCGACUUUGUGUUGCCCUUCUUCCUCUUCAUAGUCGGGGUUGCACUUGCCCUCACCUACAAGAAAAUUAUUAAUGAAAAACAGCUGGCAUCUCAGAAGGCAAUAGGGCGCUCACUCAAGCUUGUAAUAGUGGGUCUUUUUAUUCAAGGUGGCUACUUUCAUGGUGUCCAUAAUACUUCGUAUGGAGUAGACCUGGAAAGUAUACGCUGGUGUGGUGUUCUUCAGAGAAUAGCAUUGGCCUACAUGGUAGUUGCCCUGUGUGAGAUUUGGGCGCCCCGCGGACACUAUGAUGUUGCAAGUCAUAAGUUUGCAAUCCUCAAAACGUACUACAUUCACUGGGCUGUAGCAGCAGCAAUCGUGGCGAUCUACUUGGUACUGCUGUAUGGAGUGUAUGUUCCAGAUUGGGAGUUCGUUUCAGCUGCAGAUUCUACUGUUUUUCAGGUAAAAUGUGGAGUGCGGGGUGAUGUCGGGCCUAGCUGUAAUGUCGUUGGCUACUUAGACCGCACCCUACUGGGAUUAUCCCACCUGUACCAAAAGGCUGUCUAUCGACGCGCUCCGGCUUGCAGUGUGCUCUCACCAGAUUAUGGACCUCUGCCGGCGGGUGCUCCUGUUUGGUGCAAAGCACCUUUCGAUCCUGAAGGGCUUCUUAGCUCUAUGUCUGCAAUCGUCAGCUGUUUCUUGGGGCUGCAUUUCGGCCAUGUUCUCGUCCAUCACAAGGAACACAAUGCGAGAUUAAAGGAUUGGGUUCUCAUGUCUUUGACUUUGCUUGUGACUGGUGCUCUUCUGCACGUACUAGGUAUGCCGUGGAACAAGCCGCUCUACAGUGUCAGCUACAUGCUUUUCACAGGAGGUGCUGCAGGACUUGUCUUUGCGGGCUAUUAUUUCCUGGUGGAUGUCCACGGCUGGAGAUCUUCCACAAUUUUACUAGAAUGGUUGGGCCAGCAUGCAAUGGUUAUAUAUGUUUUAGUAGCUGAAGGAGUUUUUAUAGCUGCUCUUCAGGGACUGUACGUGGGGAGCCCAGAAAACAAUUUGGUUGACUGGAUAGUGCGUCUCGUGAAGGCAUCCAAGGUGUAAGAACCUACCUCAUUGCGUGGUGGUCAAUCUGAUUAUGCCGGCUGCGCUAGCAACGACAUCCCCAACUCAAAAGAGUUGAUUGUUUUGUACAAAGGUGCACUCAUGGACGUGGCAUUUAAGAACAUAUUAUUCCGUCACGCGAAUGGGCUAAGCUCAUCGAUGUGCUCUGCGAACUUUUUCGGUGCUUCACGGCCGAGUGCUUAUAAGGAAACUCGAAAACUGUGUUCAUGGGCGCAGCUAUGAUGGAAUGAGAUGUUGAUCAGUUCACAUUUCUACCCUUGGAAGUUAGCCUCACUGCUUAAUUCAUGUUGAUCGACUUCCCUAGAAUUACUUAGCUGCAUUGAUUAAUUUUUGUUGAUGAUUAGGGAUUAGUAAACUCAUCAAUCAAUUCUUAUUGGUAUUAAGAGAAUAUUUUGCUUAGUCAGUGGACAAGAGAUGUGUACCCGCUUAAAUUUAUUGCACAACACACGGGCUAUGUAGUUCAUGGCAAACAUUUUACCA